GGGAAGGAAAACCCAACCAAAGCCACCCUGCCCCUCCGCCACCACCACCACCACUCCCACCGCCGCAACCACCAUUUUCAGCGCCCACCGAACCGUCGCUGCGGGUCCCCAAGUAAAUCCGUACAAUUUAUAUGUAUAUUUUUUUAACUGAUUACCUCUACUAAUUUUUAUCCUGCAACAUUUUUUAUAUAAAUUUUCUCUUUACAAACAUAGUCUUUCCUUUUUAACUUCCUGUGUAAAACCCUAAUUAUUAUUAUUAGAUUGCCUCUUCCCCCUUUUCUUUCUUUCUCUCAAAAGUCCCAAUUUUUUUUUGUUUAUUCUUUUCAAAACCCUAAAUUUUGUUUCAAGAUCUGGUGUUAGCUUUCCUUGUUGUAUUUUCGAGAUUAAAUUUAGAGGUUUUUUAGGGUUUGCUUUAAUUGGAAAAGAGAGGGCGAUUUUAGGUCAAGGCUGGCGGGUUUUUGGCUCAAGUAAAUGGCGGAUCCGCUUGGACUCUGCCCUGAUAGGAUUGCUAAUCAUUUCAAGGACAUUUCUUGUUCUGCUGCUGCUUUUACUGUGGGAUUGGAUUUGAUAGGUUUACAAAGAGGUGACCGUUGCGAACCGUGACAAACAAAGGAAGCCGGAGAAGUAAAGCAUGCUGAGCGUGCUACGGGUGCACCUCCCUUCUGAUAUACCAAUUGUUGGCUGCGAGCUCUCGCCUUACGUGCUCUUACGCCGACCAGACAAGACCUUUACUACUGAUGAUGUGCCUGAGUCCGCCCCUCUUGAUGGUCACUUCUUGAGGUACAAGUGGUACCGCAUACAAAGUGAUAGGAAAGUUGCUGUCUGUAGUGUACAUCCCUCUGAGCAAGCCACGCUGCAGUGCCUAGGUUGCGUGAAGGCAAAGAUACCUGUUGCUAAAAGUUACCAUUGUUCUCCAAAGUGCUUUUCAGAUGCAUGGCAGCAUCAUCGAGUCCUUCAUGACCGUGCCGCAAGUGCUGUAAACGAAAAUGGAAAUGAAGAGGAAGAGAUAUUUGGCCGUUUCAAUAGCACUGGGGCUGGAGUUAUUAGUGCUAGUUUAACCGGUUCAGCAUCAAGCACUAGCUUGAUAAAUGGUUCAACACCUCUGUAUCCUACUGCAGUUACCCAAAGGAGUGGUGGUGAAACCUGGUUUGAAGUUGGACGCUCUAAAACAUAUACCCCAACUACAGAUGAUAUCGGUCAUGUUCUCAAGUUUGAGUGUGUUGUCAUUGAUGCAGAAACGAAACUACCUGUCGGACAUCCCAAUACUCUUUUGACAUCUCGUGUUAUUCCAGCACCUUCCCCUAGUCCUCGGCACUUGAUCUCAGUAGGCGGAGCUGAUAUGAUGGGACAACUAGAUUCAGAUGGUCGUCUUUCAUCCUCUGGAACUUUUACUGUUCUCUCAUACAACAUUUUGUCCGACUCAUAUGCCAGCAGUGAGUUAUACAGUUAUUGCCCUUCGUGGGCUCUUUCUUGGCCAUAUCGCAGACAAAACCUGUUGCGGGAAAUCGUUGGUUAUCGUGCAGACAUUGUUUGUCUUCAAGAGGUGCAAUGUGACCAUUUUGAUGAAUUUUUUGCUCCUGAGCUGGACAAACAUGGAUAUCAAGCUUUAUACAAGAGGAAGACAAAUGAGGUUUACAGUGGAAAUAUCCAUACAAUUGACGGCUGUGCUACAUUUUUCCGUAGAGAUAGAUUUUCCCAUGUCAAAAAAUAUGAGGUUGAAUUUAAUAAGGCUGCUCAAUCCUUGACUGAGGUUGCAGUUCAAACUACUCAGAAGAAAGUUGCUUUAAAUCGAUUGGUUAAGGAUAAUGUUGCACUUAUUGUGGUUUUAGAAGCAAAGUUUACUAAUCAAGGAGCUGACAAUCCUGGGAAGCGUCAGCUUCUUUGUGUGGCAAACACACAUGUAAAUGUUCAACAAGAGCUAAAGGAUGUCAAAAUCUGGCAGGUGCAUACUCUCUUAAAGGGGUUGGAAAAAAUAGCUGCAAGUGCAGACAUUCCAAUGUUGGUGUGUGGGGAUUUUAAUUCUGUUCCUGGAAGUGCUCCCCAUUCACUUCUUGCUAUGGGAAAGGUGGAUCCACUGCAUCCGGAUUUAUUGGUCGAUCCACUUGCAAUUUUGCGUCCUCACAGCAAGUUGACUCAUCAGUUGCCACUUGUUAGUGCUUACUCAGCCUUCCUAAGAGGAAUUGGUCUUGGUUCGGAACAACAAAGAAGAAGGAUGGACCCAGCAACUAAUGAACCUUUAUUCACAAAUUGCACAAGAGAUUUUAUCGGCACCCUAGAUUACAUAUUUUACACCGCGGACUCUUUAACGGUGGAGUCAUUAUUGGAACUCUUGGAUGAAGAUAGCUUAAGGAAAGACACAGCCCUUCCUUCCCCGGAGUGGUCCUCUGAUCAUAUAGCUUUGUUAGCUGAAUUUCGAUGUGUGCCGAAGACUAGACACUGACACUAUUAGGUCUCGGAGAUGACCAAGAAAAUGGCGGAGAGAAGCCGAUGGAUACACAGAUAAGUUAUAUAUAUUUGUGUGAAACGGUAGUCAUGCUCCCUGUGGUUUAAGGUAUCUCUACAAGGGAUCUCAUUGAUGUGAUCAUAUGUUACAUUACACCUUUGUUUCAUAGAGAAAAUCAUUAUGGCCCCUUUUUUUUCUCGUUUCUUUUUCUUUGUUUUUCCAAUAGAAAUGUCCACUCAGUGUCCUCUGUACUUUAAAGAUCUCUGCAAAAGAAAAAAAAAAAAAGCAAGCUGUUCUCCAUUCUUCUUAAGUUCCAAUUUUCAUUUUGGUCUCCAAGGAAUAAUAUUCUUUAUUUAUUGCUUUA